AUGCUCGAAGUUGAGAGUGCAUACACUUCUCGACAUGGGCCUGGAGCAGUACCGUCUGUUCCUGCCAGGACGGCAAAGACCGCACCCCCCUUCAUGCUCCUGGUCUCCCAUGGCGCAUCAUGUGACAGCUUUCCCGUGGUCGCGCAUGCCUUCCAACAAGUCGCAGCUCACGGAGUGUCGCCGACCGUCCUCCUCCUGGGUACCAACCACAGGUGCAUCGGAGAGCGCAUCGCGCUGAGCCGCUGCCCAUGGCGGACGCCACUGGGAACCCUGGAAGUGGAUGGUGAGUUGCUGAGCAAGUUCGUUUCCUUGGGGUACCCCGUUGAUGAGAGAGGUCAUGCUCAAGAGCACAGCAUUGAGAACCAGCUGCCCUUCCUACAGCACCUGGCGCCCAAAGUACGGAUUGUGCCCAUUGGCUUGUCGCAACUGACACUUGCCGAAGCCGAGAAACUGGCUAGCGAUAUGGUGGCAAUCAUACAGCGCGAAAACGUGUUGGUCGUUGCAACGACUGACUACCUCCACGCUGGGGAGGGAUACUAUGACCAGCCUCCUCGCGGAAUGCAUCUGCACGAGUUUAUUCGCAAGCGUGAUGCACCAGUACUGGAAGCUAUCCAGCAGUGCUCGACUGAAGAGCUUAUCCGUGCAUCUGGACAGACGGGUAUGUGCGGAUUGUGGCCAGCAGUUGUGAUUCUCACAUGCGCCAAGCUGAUGCGCUUUACAAACUGUCAACUUCUCAAAUAUGCCGUGAGUGGUGAGAUCUUCCCA